AUGCGAAGCAGAGCAGCAGCGGCCGUCACUAGCCCUGCUGCCACGCCAAAUACAAGUCGCCGCUGCCAGCAUUGUGGUUCCUCCUUGCUGUUCAUCCAGCGUGUGUUUCAGACUCAUCAUCGUAAACCGCCGACUGCAACAGCAACAUCGAACAGUAACCCCGGCAACAAGACUGAGAUGACUAUGCUGCCUGGGCGACCCAUGGUCGCCAAGUGCGCCUACAUCUCCUUCUGCGCCUGCUUCGGAACGCUCGCGCGGCUCUACACGGACGACAUCGGCCCGGCCUCCAACGUCGCCCUCCAGGGCUCCUUCCUUGCGAACUCGAUCGGCAGUUUCGCUCUCGGCGCCCUGGCCUCCUCCCCCGACAGAGAAACCAUCCCCGACGCCAUGUACGCAGGCCUGACCGUGGGCUUUUGUGGGAGCUAUACCACCUACUCCGGCUGGAAUCUGAGGAUCGCGCGAGCGGCGUUGGGACAAGUCUCGGGGGCACCCUCGGGCGCUAUCGUCACCAUCGUUUCCAUGGCAACCUCUCUAGCGUUCUUCGCGGCGUGCUUCUCGGCUGGUUGUGACGUGAUGAAGCAGAUCGCGAGCCACGGCCGGAGGCUGAACAUCCGAAGAAUGCUGGGUGGAGGUGCCCUUGCCGGGGGUGACAGCGAUGCGGUGCGCAACACGCUCGGGAUGCUCGGCGCCGUGUAUGUUCUCUUAGCCGUACUACUGGGGGUGGAUAACAACUGGUCGAGGCGGAUCGACUGGCUGGCGUGCAUUUUCGCUCCCUUCGGCGCGCUCUCCAGGUUUUUCCUGUCCAGGCAGCUAAACAGCCGAUUACGAGGCGGAGCGUUCCCCUUGGGUACCUUCACCGCCAAUGUGUUGGGCUCCUUGGUGAUGGCUCUCUCAUUCUACGGCACGAAGAACUCCUCGUCGCUCACAAGCGGUUGGAGCAAUGUCGCCAUCAAGGCGUUCCAGACGGGAUUCCUUGGCAGCCUUACCACCAUGUCUACCUUUAUGUCGGAAGUCGUCGGCCACCGCGACCGGCACACCCCAUCGGCGAGCUACAUCUACCUAGCGGCCACGGCGAUCGCCGCACAGGCGCUGGUUCUCAUCGUCGGAGCCAUGCUCAAGUAGGAAACUGGCAAUGCGCUUAUCUGGCCCGUCGCCAGGACAAUGGAAAGGGGUGAGAACAUGCCCCCAUCCCGCCUGACGGGGAUUCACGCCACUGCGAGAGGUUGGGCAUCGCCUUCUAGAGGCGUGCGCUCCCUCGUGGGCAACGGCGCGAUGGAAAUUCGGAGAACUGCUAGUGGCGGGACGAUUGACUGCGGGAGGCAACAACCAGGAGAAGAGUGUCCGUCGUGUGGCCUUUCUCACCCCCCACCUCAAGGGGCAUGCGGCGCUGCGAUGGAGUGCUUUUUCGACAGGACAUGUCGUCGGAGAACCCUUCAGAUGAGGGGAGCUCGAAAGAAUGCCAUGGUCGCGCUUGAGGUGCGCCCGGACAGCACCCCGCCCAAAUGGUAUGCUGCGUUCCCACCAGU